AAAAUAAUUUUCUAAUUUUUAUCCUUAUUUUUUUAUAAAAUUGAAAAAAAAAAAUUUAUUGACACUCUAGCUACAGCACUGGCACAAUUGCCACGAUGGCUGAAGAAGUUGAAAACGAAAAAACGACGAUGGAAAAUAUAACGCAGAAUAUUCUUGAGGUCAAUGCCGGAGAGACAGAUAACGAUGUCGUUGCUCUUGAAUUUCAAGCAUCACAAGUUAUAUCCCGCCUUGAGGAAGCUGUUGAAAAAGGUACAGAAACCGGUGGAUCAAGCUGGGAUAAUCCAUCAGGUUUUUUGACACAUUCUAAAUGUCCCGAAGAUAUUCUUGGAUUAAUUCAGGAUUUGGUGACACAUGAAGACAUUCCACAUAUAAUUGACGAUGGAAAAACUGAGACAAUGACAAGCCAAGUGGCAAAUUUACCAACAUUAACUGACGCGGCAAAAUUAACUCUAAUCGCUCAUACAAUAUCAGCGUAUGCAGUUGCAUUGCCGAGAAAUCAUGCUCAAAGACUUGCUGGAAGAUUAGCUGCUGAUACAACUCGAUGGUUGAGUCAUAUUUUUCGUUUUGUUGAUUGUGCAUCUUCGUUUCAUGAUGAUCAUCUUGAGGGUUUGGUGCGUGUUACAAAACUUGCAUUGCACAAAAAAUAUCCACGUUAUAUGGAGGAUGGUUUCUCUGCUUUUGCAUCGUCUCCGCCUUUAAUUUACAGUUGUGUUUCGGCACCAUUGGGAGUUGUUCAACAUUUAUGUCGACAGCUCUCGUUGCCAUUUCAUUGUAUACGUCCAAUUCCACAAAAUACGAUGUUUGGUUCCCGUUAUUGUAUGGAUGUUUCGGCAUUGGAACGACGUUUAGCCGAGGAUGCACAAUCAAAUUCAGUGACACCAUUAUUAGUUUUAGCUGAAGCUGGCUCUAUUUUAACGGGACAUUGCGAUAAUAUUAAUAGACUUCGUGAAAUUUGUGAUAAAUAUAAUGUUUGGUUACAUCUACGAGGACAUUCCCUUGCCGCAUUGGCAUUAAGUAAUUCUACAAAAGACUUGCCUUUGAAAAUUGCUGACAGUGUCACAUUGCCCCUUGGUAUUUGGCUUGGAAUACCAUCGUUACCAGUAGCUACUUUGUAUAGAUUAACGGAUUCAAGAGGUGGACGACCAACGUCGAGAGACACAACAUUGUCAUUGGUAUCCGGUUUAAUGAUGGAUUCUUUAUCGAGACGUUUACCAACUUUGCCACUUUGGACCGCUUUACAAGCUCUUGGCAGAGAUGGAGUUCAAAAUAGAAUUAGACAAUGCUUCUUAAUUGUUGAAGAGUUAUAUAAUAAAAUUAAGAAAUUUAGCUGCAUAAGAAUAUUGAGUCAGUCACCGGGUGGAGAACUUGAAACAGUCACGUCAGAUUUAGUCGUUAAUCCUGUAAAUAGUCAUCAAUUAUUUGAAAUUGUGACAAGUGCCUUUGUUUUUCAAUUUGUACCGGCCAAUUAUGAUGCUGAGUCAAUUGAACGUGUGCCAAUUUAUUAUGAUAAAUUAAAUUCCUGGUUAGGACAAAUAUUGCAAAGGGACAUUGAUAAUGUGCAAAUUGAACUUUGUGAAAUUGAACAACACGGUGUUUCAAUUCGUAUUUGUCCAUUGGAAAGUUUAGAGAAACCGCCAACAAGCGAUGAUGUUGACAAUAUUGUCGCUUGUCUUGAGCAACAAAUUGAAAUUCUCAUUGCAACUGUACAUCAUAAGGAUACAUUUAUAAAAUUAGUGACAAAUAAUGAUUCAUUGCAUUUAGUUGAAAUGGCAGGAUGGGCUGGUUUAGGUGGUGUUCGUUAUGCACCACCAACUUGGAUUAAUGUCAUGACCGAUCAGACAAAGGAGGAACUUAAUAAAUUGAAUACACAACUUGUGGAAACAUUAAGAAGUACGGAUGCUGCUUUUUCACUCGGUGAAAGUGCCGAUGGACUUGCUUGCGUUCGAUUUGGAAUGGUUACACAGGAUACGGAUGUGGCAGAAAUGCUCACUUUAAUUCUUCAAGUUGGUCAGGAAGUUGAAGCGAGUUCAAAAUUAUUGGAUACAAUGUCGGAAGUAGUGAAAAGAGGAAUUGAAGCGGCGCAAACUGAUUUAGAACGGGAAAAUGCGGAAAAACUUUGGCAAGAAGGAAUUUUACGACACGUUCCUGUUGUGGGAACAUUUGUCAAUUGGUGGAGUCCGCCAAUUGAAUCCUCCGUUAGAGGACGAAGUUUAAAUUUACAAGCUGGCGUUGUUGAGAGUACGGAAAAUAUUUAUAAAUAUCACAUGCAAAUGCAACCAAAUUCAAAUGCAAGUAAUGGUUCAGGAGCAAGAACACCACCUCAGCCAUUGGUUCAAACUCCAGUUGGUGCCGGAAGUCAAAGUCAUAGUCGUUCGUCGAGUCAUUCGAGCCUUCAAAGUAGCAAGAACAUUCCGUUGAUUACAAAUGUUGCCUCAUUUCAAUCUCACGUGAGUGAUGUUAAGACUUAGUGAUAUUUCUGUGAUUAUUAACCGUUAAAAAAAAAGAAGAAAAAACCUCAAAUUUGUUAAUUUAGUUUUUUUCUCAAAUUUAGAAGCUUUACAGUUAAAAAAAAUUUUUUCAAGAAAUAAAAAUUAUCCCACUGGAUACUAAAAAUAAAAAAAAAAAAAAUAAUAAUUAAGAUUUUAAUCGCUAAGGCUCGAGUACUUUGAAAAAGUAAAUUUUAAAUCUCCAAUCGUGUUUAACAAAAAGCUCGGUAAAUUACAAAAAUUAAUUACAUUUUUAAAAAAUAUUUAAUAUAUCUAUAAUAAUUUAAUUAUUAUUAAAAAAAAAAAUUUUUUAAUAUUUUUUUAUUUGAAAAUAUUUAUGUUUUUCAAUUCUUUGAUAAUUUUUUAAAUGUCUUUUUAUUUAAUUAAAUUCGUAUUAUUUAUGUAUGGUAAUUUUACUGUCAGUGAAAUUUUACUGAAAUAGAUAACUAGCUUUUUUUUUAAUUACAUAAUUAUAGAUUUUCUUAGUUAAAUUAUUUACAGUUUUAAAAUGAAUUUUAUUAAUUAAUAAUUUUUGUUAAUUUCAUUUUGUUAAUAAUUUGAAAUUUUGUUACAGUUUAAGAUAGUUUUUAGUUAAAUAAUUUAAAUAUGUUUUUUGAUGGCUUAAGAUUUUUUUUUUAAGAGACUAUUGAAUUAAUAAUUAAGUAUAGUUAUAGUUUUAAUUUUUAACUUCAUUCUUUUACUCUUGUACAGUUUAUCUAAAGUAAAACAUAAUUUUCAGUAUUAAUUUUUGACAAUUUUCGAGCUUUCAUAAAUUUCAUUUUUUAUGAAAUUCAAUAUAUAGAUUUUAUUUUAUUAGUGACAUUAUUGAAAGAUACCUAUAAUUGAAUGAAAUUUUUUUGGCAAAUAAUUAAUUAAAAUUUUUAAUCGCAUAAAUUAGAAUUAGAAAUGAAAUUCAAGCGACAAAAUUUAAAAAUUUAUACAACAGUUACUCAAAAAUAAUAGGCCCUAACUAUGUAUAUUUAUGUACCAAAUUUGUUGUAAU